GGCAACAGUCGCGUCACAGCUUCGUUGAAAGAAGGCGACGGGCUUCAUUGAUUAGGGCUGAAAUUCUCCUUAUAGCAAAUCUGCAAAAAUUAUAAGACACGUAGUGAACUGCACAGCUAACACGCGUCUACUGAAACUCACACAAAACUGCACUCGGACGACGGCGAGCUGGCGCAGGUAGCAGGGUGCCCGUGGACCAUGAGGGACAGCGGGGCAAGCUUGGCUCCAAAUCGCUGGCAGGGGGAGCUCUCUUUGACCGUGAGCCAUGAGGGUAGUGGUGUAGGCAUGGCAGGAGGGCACCUUUUGGCCCCUGAUUCUCCUCCUAAUGCCCAAGGCGCUAUGGACUUCAAAGUAAACCACAAGGAGAGGGGAUGGACUGGAGAAUGCAUAGAGACUGAUGAGAUGGAUGAAGAGGAAGGAUUUGAUGAAGAAGAUGAAGAUGAGGAAGAGGAUGAAUUGGAAGAGGACCAGUUAGACGAAGGUGAGGAGAUCAGUUCUGAAUGUGCUCCAGUAGAGGAGGAAGAAGGAUUAGUGGACUGGCAUGACUCACAUGCGUCAUUGCCACAAAUGGCACAUUACUACCAGAACUUUUCACCUUCGAAUAUGGAGCAAGACAAACCCGAAGCGAGGGGUGUUUCUGAGAGACCUCUCUGGGCUCGGCUUUAUGGCCUUAGGCAGCAGAGGCUGAGGCGGUGGAGGAGGCUCAGGGCCUCAACACGGCUGCGCUUCCGGCUCGCUCAGAACUGGAAAAUAUGGCGGCAACGGGCACAGUGGGUUGGGUCCAGACGAGCACUUGGGUACAGACGAGCAAGGCGGUGGCGUCAGUAUAAUCUUUAUACAAGCAGGCGGGACCCAGGGUCGAAUAGCUCAAGAGGUACAGCACAGAGUGCAAAUGAAAGUGAGACAGAAGCUCUGUUUAGUGAUUUGAAUGGAUAUCAUGGCAUUUCCCAGUCCAGCUCAGCACCCAGUGUUGGAAGCAGCGAAAGACAAGAUUUCGCUUCAGGUUCCAUGCAAAGAGUGGAGAUUGCACUCACAAAAGAUCAUGUGUCCUGUGUCCAAGGCAUUUUGGAUGAGUCUCUCCAUAAAUACGGCAGUCUGAUCCCUAUACAUACUGAUGAUCUUGUGGAACAACUGCAGGAGAUCUUUAAUGAGAGCUUCUCUCAGCCUUACAGGAAAGCAGAGGUGCACCAGAUAAUCCAGUCGUACCAGAGGUCCCCAGGUACGAGCAUGGUGCGGGGGUUCAGCGUUAACUACAAGCGUCAUGUUCUCACUAUGGAUGAUCUCAGCACUCUAUAUGGACAGAACUGGCUCAAUGACCAAGUUAUGAAUAUGUAUGGAGACCUUGUAAUGGAUUCAGUGCCUGACAAGGUGCAUUUCUUCAACAGCUUCUUUUAUGAUAAACUGCGAACUAAAGGUUAUGAAGGAGUUAAACGAUGGACAAAAAAUGUUGACAUCUUCAGCAAGGACCUUCUGUUGAUUCCCAUUCACCUGGAAGUGCACUGGUCGCUUGUAUCAGUGGACAUCAAACAGCGCUUCAUCACUUACUUUGACUCCCAGCGAACUCUCAACCGACGGUGUCCCAAGCAUAUUUUUAAGUACCUCCAGGCAGAAUCUAUUAUAAAACAGCAGAGAGAUUUUCUUACUGGGUGGAGAGGCUUUUUCAAAAUGAAUGUAGGAAGGCAGAAUAAUGACAGUGACUGUGGGGCUUUUGUCCUUCAGUACUGCAAGUGUCUGGCAUUGGGACAACCCUUCAACUUCAGUCAGCAGGACAUGCCUAAGCUGAGAAGACUCAUGUACAAAGAGCUUUGUCACUGCAAGCUCUCGCUGUGAUAACUGUUAUAAGGAGUUUGCAGCAAGCGGUUCAGGAAAGAAAAAGCUGGAAGCCUUUACCAUCCCAAAAGGCAGAGAGACUAUAAAACAGAAUAUUACGUUAUCAAACCCACUUUUUUAAUUGUUUUUGUUUUGUAUCAGUGUUAUUAUUUUUGUUUCUUGUGGUUGUCAGAAGCCAGUUUUUUUUUUUUUUGUUUUUUUUUUUACAUAUAAUGGCUACCUUUUUGACAUUUGACAUCUUUGAGACAACUUAUUGGACUCUUGUAAACGGCUUCAUCAAUGGGGUAGAAUGCCUCUUGGAUUUUCUCAUCUGUAAAAGUCAAUUGAAACUUUUUAUUGGUUGUUAAGGAGAGUGUUAUGUUACUCAAAUGUGCAAGUAUAAUCAUGUUUUUUUUUUGUUUGUUUGUUUUUCAAUAAAUCAUGUCCUGUGUAAAAUAACAAGUGGGCCUGGUCUGGUCGCUAUUUACUGUAUAUUGUCAUUCUAUUGGUUUUAAUGUAUUUGUAUGGACGUGUGUGCAAAAUAUGCAUUUUGUUUACUGCUUUCUGAUUAACCUAUACUGUAGUUCCUUUCUUUUUCUGUAAUUGGAUUUGGAUCACUUGUGGUGAUCCCUUAAAAGACAUGAAUAGAUUAAAUAGAGACAUUUUAAAGA